GCGCAGCGCGGCGCCCGCUGGGCGGGCGCCAUCUUGGCUCAUAUUUUACUCGGAAGGACGGCUAGCUGGCGCGGCGCCUUUGCUUGUGAUUAUUGUUAUUGUCGUACUGAGGUACGAGGGGACCCAGGUUCGCGACUUUUUAGACAUCUAGUGUCAGAGAUGCGCCGUUCAAAGCGAGCUCGAUCCCGGGAGGGUUGGAUCUCGGAGUACAGCGUGGAGGAGAAACUCGAGUUCGGCAAGCGGCAGAAGCCGAGUUCCUGCAGCACUGAGAGGGAGAGCAAACCACGGAGACGCAACCAUCACUUGAAAACCUACGAAGGGCACUUCCAGGAAUCUAAGACUAUAAGCAGGAGGAUGGAGUGUAAGGAGCGGGUGGCCAGACAGUCGAGCCGAGAGUCAGGAGCUUAUGGCAAUGAGGGCCCAUGCAAGGAGCUCGGCAGUGACAGAGACUGGCACCACUAUAGCAAAUCCUCGGCACGUAGCGGACAUAGCCGUCGCAGCAGCCCCGCUCACCAUCGCGGGCGACGCAGGACUUCAUCUCGUCAGGCACACUCGAGGAGUCAUCGCAGGAAAAGAUCCAGAAGUUUUGAGGAUGAUGAGGAGGGUCACCUGAUCUAUCACAGUGGACACGUGCUAAGAGCAAGAUAUGAGAUUGUGAGUACUUUAGGAGAAGGAGCCUUUGGGAAAGUUGUGAACUGCAUUGAUCAUUCAAAUGCUGGUGCACGAGUGGCACUGAAGAUCAUUAAAAACGUUGACCGUUAUCGAGAUGCCGCCAUGUCUGAGAUCGAUGUCCUUCAGCAGAUGAACUCGCUUGAUCGCGAUGAGCAUUAUGCCUGUGUGCGGAUGCUGGAUUGGUUUGAUCACCACGGCCACAUCUGCAUUGUGUUUGAGCUCCUGGGAUUGAGCACCUAUGAUUUUCUGAAGGAGAAUGGCUUCAUGCCUUUUACUGUGGACCAGAUCAGACGUAUGGCACAUCAGAUCUUCAGAGCAGUGCACUUCCUACACCGAAACAAGCUUACUCACACUGACUUGAAGCCGGAGAAUAUCCUUUUUGUGGAAUCUGACUACUGCUUAGAGUACAAUGCAAAAUUGAAAAGGGAUGAGAGGACCUUGAAGAAGACGGAUGUGAAGGUGGUGGAUUUUGGAAAUGCUAUAUAUGACCACGAGCACCAUACUUCUGUGGUAUCCACCAGGCAUUAUCGAGCACCUGAGGUCAUUCUUGAACUUGGAUGGAAUCAGUCGUGUGAUGUUUGGAGUCUGGGCUGCAUACUGAUUGAAUAUUACCUCGGAUUGACACUCUUUCAGACUCAUGACAGCAAGGAGCACUUGGCUAUGAUGGAAAGGGUCCUUGGGCCAAUACCUACCUCCCUCUUGCAGAAAACCAAGAAGAGGAGAUACGUUCGUCAUGGACGGCUGGACUGGGAUGAGCACAACUCUUCUGGGAGAUAUGUGAGGAAGCACUGCAAGCCCCUUAAACAAUACAUGUCCUCAAAGAGCGCAGAGCAUGAGCAGCUUUUUGACCUCAUGCAUAAGAUGCUGGAGUAUGACGUAUCCAAAAGGAUCACUCUGGAGGCAGCCCUCAGACACCCCUUUUUUGAUCCUUUGAAAGGAAAGAAAAAGUGACGACGAACUGUGUGCCGCUGUUAAUUUGCUCUCCGGGGCAGGUUUCUAUGGGCUGCAUCAGCCUGCCGUGAGACUUAUUUCGUCUGUAUUAAAGUUAUUUGUAUGAAUUUAAUGAGACCUUUUGCUGUUGUCUUUUCAGAAAUAAAACCAGCUUGGUUACAUUUUUUUUUGUAAA